AGAAAUAAACUCUUGUAGAAUAAUCUAAAUAGAGGCCACAGACGGUGUUAAGAAGGUGGACAGGUCUAAAUGGCCUCGGGCUAGAGGAUAUUUCACUGUCACCUCUCACUGCAUGUGGUCCCGUGGCUGAGGCGCAGUGGAUCCUGGGAGUUGUAGUUCACCAAGUGGACUGAGAAAGCGAGGCUGCGCUGAGCACCCUGGGAAUUGUAGUGCUUGCUGCACGGUGCCCUCUGCGCAGGCGCAAAACGAUUAGCCACUUCCGGAACAAGCGUUGCGUUUCUCAGGAGAAACUCCUGAGGAGGAUUCCCGGAGUGACAAUGGCUACCUACAGCCUGGCGAACGAGCGACUACGCGCCCUGGAAGACAUCGAACGGGAAAUCGGCGCCAUCCUUCAGAAUGCAGGUUCGGGAUGCGAUAACCCGGACGGCGGGGAGCGAAAACGAGGCCGAGCUGCACCCACAGGCUGACGGGGGACGUGGAGCAGGGUCGGGGAGGGAAUUCUCGUACGUGCGUGCGCACCGAAAGGGCGGGACUGAGAAGGGCUGGCCCUGGGGCGGGGCUACACUGGCUGUCUCCGGGUGUCCCCGCCCCCUCUCCGCCCUGGCAGGUACAGUGAUCCUAGAAUUGUCCAAGGAAAAAACCAACGAGCGGCUUCUAGACCGGCAGGCGGCGGCCUUCACCGCUUCAGUGCAACACGUGGAGGCGGAGCUGUCAGCUCAGAUCCGCUACCUCACCCAGGUGGCCACAGGGCAGCCCCAUGAGGGCUCCAGCUACUCUUCGAGGAAGGACUGUCAGAUGGCUCUGAAGCGAGUGGACUAUGCCCGCCUCAAGCUCAGUGAUGUGGCUCGAACCUGUGAGCAGAUGCUGGAGAACUAGGCCAGGAAGGUGGACCCAGAGCUCAGAGAGAGACCAUCGCCUGCGCCAUGGGAAAGAACCUGGGAACAUGUAGGAUGGGGAGCAUGGGCACCUACAUGCCCUGCUGCUCAAAGUACCCUUGAGGAGGCCGAGGCCGGAGGAUCAUGUGAGGUCGGGAGUUUGAGACUAGCUUGGCCAACUUCGUGAAACUCCGUCAAAGACAAAGGGGCAAAUGGUGGGCAUGGAAAAACUGAAGCCUGAGCCUACCCACAGCUAUGCCCUGGCCUCUCCAGCAGGGUGCUCCUGCCCUGUACUCCACCAACACCCUGACAGGCUCAGACAGAGAUGGAAACUCACACAUCCAACCCACUUCCUCAAACACUUCAUGCUCCUGCCCCAGGCUUCGCGCAGAAUUGGCCUAAUGAAGAUACAUUCUUCUUCACUGGGAGAGACGAGAACUAGAAUUUUAAUAAUAAAAGCAACAACAAUAAAAAGAA